AUGGCCGACGCUGAGGCGAGCGCCGCGAUGGCGGACGAAGCCAAACCUGACGCGAAGACUUUGCAGAUUCUGCGGGACAUGGCCAAUCGCCUGCGCAUCCAUUCCAUCAGGGCCACCUGCGCCUCGAGCUCUGGCCACCCUACAUCAUGCAGCAGUGCUGCUGAGAUCAUGUCUGUGCUGUUCUUCCACGUCAUGAGGUAUAAACAAAUGGACCCGAAGAACCCAGACAAUGACCGUUUCGUCCUCUCCAAGAGACUCUCAUUCGUUGACGUGGCAACUGGAUGGCUGGGACAAGGACUGGGGGCUGCAUGUGGGAUGGCGUAUACUGGCAAGUACUUUGACAAGGCUAGCUACCGAGUGUUUUGCCUCGUGGGAGAUGGCGAGUCCUCGGAAGGCUCUGUCUGGGAGGCCCUGGCCUUUGCGUCCCACUACAGUCUGGACAAUCUUGUGGCCAUCUUUGAUGUGAAUCGCCUGACCCACAGCACCACUUUGCCUCUCGAGCACUCCAUAGAUGUCUAUCAGAAGCGCUGCGAAGCCUUUGGUUGGAAUACUUUGGUGGUGGAUGGCCGUGAUGUGGAGGCACUGUGCCAGGUGUUCUGGCAGGCAGCUCAAAUGAAGAACAAGCCCACAGCUGUGGUUGCCAAGACCUUCAAGGGCCGGGGCAUUCCAAGUGUUGAAGAUGCAGAAAAUUGGCACGGAAAGCCAAUGCCAAAAGAAAGAGCAGAUGCAAUUAUCAAACUAAUUGAGAGCCAGAUAGAGACCAACAAGAGUCUCGAACCAAAAGCCCCUGUUGAAGACUCUCCUCAAAUCAACAUCUCAGAUAUAGAAAUGACCUCUCCACCUGAUUAUGAAGUCAGUGAUACGAUAGCUACUCGGAAAGCAUGUGGUUUGGCUCUGGCCAAGCUGGGCCAUGCAAACGACAGAGUUAUUGUGCUGGAUGGUGAUACCAAGAACUCCACCUUCUCUGACAUAUUCAAGAGAGAACACCCUGAGCGCUUCAUCGAGUGUUUUAUUGCUGAGCAAAACAUGGUGAGUGUGGCGCUGGGAUGUGUCACCCGUGGUCGCACUGUGGCUUUUGCUUGCACCUUUGCUGCCUUUUUGACCCGAGCCUUUGAUCAGAUCCGGAUGGGAGCCAUCUCGCAAACCAACAUCAAUCUUAUUGGGUCCCACUGUGGGGUGUCCGUAGGUGAAGACGGCCCCUCCCAGAUGGCCCUCGAGGACCUAGCCAUGUUCCGAGCCAUUCCAAACUGCACGAUUUUCUAUCCAAGUGAUGCCAUCUCGACAGAGCAUGCUAUUUUCCUGGCGGCCAAUACCAAGGGGAUGUGCUACAUUCGAACCAGUAGGCCAGAAACUGCAAUUAUUUACACCCCACAAGAAAGCUUUGCGAUUGGACAGGCCAAGGUCAUCCGUCAAAGUGUGAACGACAAGAUUAUGGUUGUUGGAGCUGGAAUUACUUUGCACGAAGCCUUAGCUGCUGCUGCUGAUCUUUCCAAGCAAGAUAUUUCUGUCCGUGUCAUUGACCUGUUUACUGUUAAACCUCUGGAUGCUGCCACCAUCAUCUCCAAUGCAAAAGCCACAGGUGGCCAAAUUAUCACAGUGGAGGAUCACUACCCAGAAGGUGGUAUCGGGGAGGCCGUCUGUGCAGCCGUUUCCUUGGAGCCUGACAUCAUGGUCCAUCAGCUGGCAGUGUCAGGGAUCCCUCGGAGCGGGAAGCCCAGUGACCUGCUGGAUAUGUUUGGAAUCAGUUCCAAACACAUCAUAUUGGCUGUGGAACGAAUUUUAAUGAAAUAG